AUCAACACGAUAAAAAUGCCGAAUAUGGUGGAUGCUCUGUUGGUCAACAUCUUUGGUGGAAUCAUGAGAUGUGAUGUUAUUGCCGAAGGAAUAAUUGCAGCGACCAAAGAACUGGACCUCAAAAUCCCUGUCGUAGUUAGGCUGCAGGGAACGAACGUAGACGAAGCAAAAGCACUGAUAGCGAAUGCAGGGCUUAAAAUUGUGCCAGUCGAUGAUCUUGAUGAAGCUGCGAGAGUCGCCGUAAAAUUAUCAACCAUCGUGCAGAUAGCCGCAUCUGCCAAAGUCGGCGUUAAUUUUGAGUUGCAUUCAAUUUCAUAAAUAUAGCUUCAAUUUAAAGAGAAACUCUUUAUCUUAUGCAAAGCUAGCUACGCUGCUCACCUUUUCUCUUUCUUAUAUUAUGAAAACGUUGCAUUGAAUACUCUUGAAGGCAAUAACUGCACUUCCUCUCUCACUUUUUCUUUAACGCGCUUGAUUUUGAGUAGGAAGUUUCGGAAAUUAUCUGAAUGUUUGCAUAACGCAAGAGUGCUUGCAAUAUAAACGAAAUUCGAGUCGUAGGUUAUCGAAUCGUGGAAGUGAUCUGUAAGAAUACAAGUUUUAUUUUAAUAUUUACGAUAAUAGCAAAGAUUCUUAUAUUCAAGAAACACGUGCGAAGGCAGAAUUAUUUACUUUAAAUACAAGCAUAAGUUGAUAUCAUUAACAAAAAUUUAUGUAAAAGAAAUUGUCUAAUGAUUUGUGAUUAAUAUAUGGUUUAUUGUGUCUCGUGCUUGGAAACUACACGGUUCAGUAUUACAAAUUUAAUUAUUUUCGACAUUUCUCAGUCGUUGCACAUGAAAACGUAUUUUUCAAGUGAUGAAACUAAAUUCUUCGUAACAAAAUUACGUGUCCAUCGUCCACGACAACAAGUGGGUAGUCGGUUGUCUAAAAUAAUGAUUAUACUCUAAAUUAUUAUGCACUUAAAAAAAACUGUUUGAUGUAAUAUAUAACAUAUUUAGAUAUACAUAAAUUAUUUUACGUAA